AUGGCUGGCGGAAACUUUGAGCUGGUUGCGCUCGGCAACCCCCUGCUGGACAUGCAGAUCCGCAACGGCGAGGCCAUGCUGGAAAAGUACGGCCUCAAGCCCAACGACGCUGUGCUCGCCGACGACAAGCAGCUCGCCAUCUACCAGGACAUCGUGGACAACUACGACGUCACCUACGUCGCUGGUGGUGCUGCGCAGAACGCCGCGCGCUGCGCGCAGUACGUGCUGCCGCCAAACUCGACCGCCUACCUCGGCUGUGUCGGCAAGGACGACCUCGCCAAGCAGCUGCAGGCUGCCAACGACAAGGAGGGUCUCAAGUCGAUCUACCAGUUCUCGGACGAUGCGCCCACCGGCUCGUGCGCCGUGGUCAUCACCGGCCACAACCGUUCGCUCUGCACCAACCUGGGUGCGGCCGAGAAGUUCGCCAAGUCGCACCUCGAGACCGCCGAGGCGCAGCAGGCGAUCAAGAACGCAAAGAUCUUCUACCUCGGCGGCUUCUUCCUCACGCACGGUGUCGAGUCGGCGCUCGUGCUUGCCAACGAGGCCAAGGCGCGCGAUGUGUCGUUCACCAUGAACCUCUCGGCGCCCUUCAUCCCGCAGUUCUUCACCGCCCAGGUCGACCAGGUGGUGCCGUUUGCUGAUGUCAUCUUUGGCAACGAGACCGAGGCCGAGGCUUGGGCGCAGGCGCACAACCUCGAGUCCAAGGACCUCAAGCAGAUCGCUCAGGCCAUCGCCGACUACGAUGCUGCUACCACCAAGGCCGAGAAGCGUGUGGUGAUCAUGACCAACGGCUCGCAGCCCACCAUCCUGGCCAAGCGCGGCGAGUCGCAGCAGUACGUGCACGAGACGCCCAAGAUCAACCCCGCCGACAUUGUCGACACCAACGGCGCGGGUGACGCUUUCGCUGGUGGUGUCGUCGGCGCGCUUGUGCUCGGCAAGUCCAUCGACGAGGCCAUCAACGUCGGCCACAAGCUCGGCGGCAUGUGCAUCGGCCAGGUCGGCCCCAUCCUCAAGUUCCCCAAGGAGGACGUGCUCUAA